AGGUGAGUCGGUGUGUUGUGGACUCGUGGUGCUGGCUGCCGCUGUUCAGGCGGCCGGGAACGGGCGGUGGGGAGCGGGCGGAGCUGGCCCUGCCUCUGCCUGGCCGGCGCCGCAGUCGGCGCGGGCCGCGCCCGCCGCCGCCAACUGCCCUGAGCGCUUGCUGAGGCCGAGGGAGACGUCGGGGCCUGCACCUGGAGGGAGCCUGCCGCGCUGGCCCCGAGGAGGGGGCGUUGCCAUGGCGACAGCCUCUCCCGCUGCUGACGGGGGGCGGGGGCGGCCCUGGGAAGGAGGGCUGGUCUCCUGGCCCCCCGCCCCUCCCCUUACUCUCCCCUGGACUUGGAUGGGCCCGAGUUGGGGGCAACACCCCGGGCAUUGGGGCUUUCCAGCUCUCACAGAACCUUCAGCAUCCCCAGCUGCCGGUCUUGGCAUCUUCGAAGUAAGGAGAGUUUUAGAUGCUUCUGGAUGUUCAAUGCUAGCACCUUUACAGACUGGAGCAGCUCGAUUUUCUUCGUAUUUACUUUCAAGAGCAAGAAAAGUGCUGGGCUCCCACUUAUUUUCUCCCUGUGGUGUUCCGGAGUUCUGCUCCAUAUCCACCAGAAAGCUGGCGGCCCACGGCUUUGGCGCAUCCAUGGCGGCAAUGGUGUCCUUCCCUCCCCAGAGGUAUCACUACUUUUUAGUGCUGGACUUUGAGGCCACGUGUGACAAGCCACAGAUUCAUCCUCAGGAAAUCAUCGAGUUCCCCAUCCUAAAGCUAAAUGGCCGGACCAUGGAGAUUGAGUCUACCUUUCACAUGUAUGUCCAGCCUGUAGUCCAUCCACAGCUUACCCCAUUCUGUACAGAGCUCACCGGGAUUAUUCAAGCCAUGGUGGAUGGUCAGCCAAGCCUGCAGCAAGUGCUGGAGAGGGUCGAUGAGUGGAUGGCGAAGGAAGGCCUCUUAGAUCCAAACGUCAAGUCAAUUUUUGUCACCUGUGGAGACUGGGACUUAAAAGUCAUGCUCCCAGGCCAGUGCCAGUACUUGGGCUUGCCAGUGGCGGAUUACUUCAAGCAGUGGAUUAAUCUGAAAAAGGCUUACAGCUUCGCCAUGGGCUGCUGGCCCAAGAAUGGACUUCUAGACAUGAACAAGGGCCUCAGCCUGCAACACAUAGGCCGGCCCCACAGCGGCAUUGACGACUGCAAGAACAUUGCCAACAUCAUGAAGACACUCGCCUAUCGAGGCUUCAUCUUCAAGCAGACAUCGAAGCCGUUCUGAUUGGCCGAGGACAGGAUGGGGCAGGACAGGGUAGCUGUUUGGCCUAGCCCAGAAUCCUCCUCUCCCUCACCAGAGGGGAAGAGGGAGAGUGGCAUAGCUCUGUGUCCAGAGUGUCCCCAGCUGCCCUGUGGGCUCAUGCCCUUGGCGUGGGCUUGUGCCCUUGCAAGGGCUUGGCCACUUGGCCCUUCUGGAGCAGACACUUUGUGUCCCCCAUCCCCACCCCUCAAUCUCAGCCCAGUAUCAGCCCCUCCCAUUGCGGGCCUGGGGUAGGGGGACCCAGGCACUCACCGCCUCCUCCCUGGUACACAGGCUUCUGUGGGGCCACCAAGCCCCCCCUGUGCUCCCUCCCAUCCAUAGUGCAUGGUGUGUGGUGCCCCCAGGGCUCCAGGACAGAUCAGGCCCCACCUUGUGUCUACCCCCAUCCCCGCUGUGAACGUGCCACUGAAUAAAGUCGGGGAAACGAGGCA